GCAGCAGCAGAAGUGGAUGCUGUGGAGACACUGGUGAAUACAAUACGUGAAACCUUUGGUGGGUUAAAUGCCAAGAGGGACCAGUGGUUUGAUAACUACUCUGUCUUGAAACAACUAUUGCAGAAAGACCAACUCCAACUCAACCAAAUACUUUUUGUCAGCAAGAUGGCAAUACCCAUGAUUUGGCACUUAUAUGCAACUCAAGUAAUUGCUCAGAAGACUGUCCUGCCUAAACUCUUGAAUGACAAGUCCAAAACAUUACCAUAUAAUGGCACCAUCUUGGCUCCUAUUCGUCCAAUCUUCCAUGUGGAGAUCACACUCGUGUUGCAUGAAUUCCGGAAUUUCCAGGUGGAGAUCUUGCAGGACUCAUCUCAACAGAUCUUCCAUCUCAAUUUUGACUUCGAAGAGAGGCAUGCAUCACUGGGUGAGAGAAGCAAUGAUGGGGUAAGCAAUGAGAGAGUGGUGCUGCACAAUGAUCAGUUUCCUGCCAUCAACCUUCAUCAACCUUUCAGAGUGAAUGUACAAGUUGCUGAUGACUGCAUAUUUGCUUCCAUUUGGCCAGGCAACCUUAACUUGGAUAUACCACUGCCGCUGCCCGUGAAGUACAGUUGGUGCACAAAGGAUCAUCACACCACACAAAGCUUCUCUGUCAUUGUACAUUAUGGAAGGGAGUCUGCAAGCUCUGACGAGUCUCACGAGUCCCUGGAGGACACUCAAGAUGCUCUCCACCACCAAAGUGAUAUUCAACUCAUUGCUGCCACCAUCUAUGAUGGAAUUCUUGCUCAAUAAGUUUUGUCAAAUGGCCUUGUUAAUGGUAAUGUUUGGAACAUUUUAAAAGGACUUGGUAUGAUAUAAUUAUAUAAUUGUUGCCUAAGGAUUCUUGCUGAUAAAUUUCCAUAAUAUCAAGAA